AUGGCUAGUGAAAUUCCUCUGGUGGAACGAAUCCACUUCACACUUACUCAAAGCUUUCAUCAUAAAAAAUUUAGCAUUCCAAAUAAGUUUGUGGAGAAAUAUGGAAAAGGUUUACCAAAAGAUGUCUAUCUAAACACUCCAAUUGGUGAACAGUGGAAAAUAAAUUUGGUAAAACGUGAUGGCAAAAUAUGGUUUGGAAAUGGUUGGAAAGAAUUUGCUGAGUUUCAUUCUCUAUCUUAUUACCAUCUUAUAGUUUUCAGAUAUGAAAGCACUUCCCAUUUUGAGGUACAGAUCUUCAAUAAGACUGCUUUAGAGAUAAACUACCCUCUCAAAAGAAUCAAAUCUGAAAAGAUUUUUAACAGUGAAGAAGUUGUGGAUCAUACUCACAAAAAACAUAAAGAAAAACAUGCGAAUAAAACUCUUGAAAGAGCAAAAUCAUUCAAAAGAUGUAAUCCAUCUUUUGUUCUUGUCAUGCGUGCAUCAUAUGUUGAAAGCCGUUUUCAGCUGACUAUACCAGCUAAAUUUGGUAAGGAGCACUUUGAUUUGGAUAAGAAAAGAGGAUAUAUUUAUUUUCAGGUGUUGGAUCGAGGAUUAGUUUGGUGUGCAAGGUACUCAAUCAGGAAGUUCGCUACACAGCUAAAGUUUGAACUCACACGUGGAUGGAAGGAAUUCUCAAUGGACAAUAGUUUGAAAGUUGGUGAUGUUUGCAACUUUGAACUCAUUCUUAGAACUAAAAUGACCUUCCAUGUUCACAUCUUUAGAAAGACAAAUGAAGUCGGCACAGAUUUAUCAACAUCGCCAAGUAAGACUAAAUGA